AUUGUGCUACGAAAGUCCAUUGAGCUUUCUAUGGACAUUUGCGAUAGGGUGUCAAGUCAAAAACGUAAACAUUGCGUGAAAUUGUGAUUCCUCCUGGAAAAUGAUGGAAAACUGCGAGUACAACUCUGAAUAUACAAACGACAGCUUAUCAACAGCUGGAGAAGAAGUAAUUGAAGCCCCAACACCAGAAUAUCUGCAGAGAAAGCUGUAUUUCCUGUUGGAACAUCUCAAGACUUUUCACGCUGACCUUCCUGAAGCAUAUCAGAUGAGAAUCCCAUACGAACUACUCACUGGACUGGCGAAUUCCCUGCUCAACGACACGAUAUUUGAGAUUGUGAAGGGUUUGAUGGAAAUCCAGCACGUCACGGAAAAGCACCUGGAGCAGCUCAGGCUGCAGGUGGAGACUGAGCACAACAUUGAGGUGCAAGAGUGGGUGUCGAAGAUCCACGACGAGGAGGAGCUGGAGCACAUUCUGAAUCUCAUGAAGAUCAAGCACAGCCAGAAGCUGAAAGAGACUGACAUCAAACUUGUGCUGCAUCUUGACCAGAAGGUCAAAGAUCAGCAAUCCACGCUCGAGAGGGCGGGAGUUCCUGGCUUCUACAUCACAGACAACCCCAAGGACAUCAAGAUUCAGAUGCACUUGCUGGACUUUAUCCUGCGGCUUAGCAAUAUGAAAUUUGAAGGCAAAUAAAUAUUCGGUUUGAAAUUCGCGCUCUUUUGGAAAGUCGCUCAGUUUCGCUGAGUUUCUGUCACGCAAUCGGAG